GCCUUGCUUUCUCACCAUGCCUUCUCCCGCCUCAACAAGCACUUUCAACUCCUCCAUCCUUCCCGUUCCUCCGGCUCGCUCUACGGUCUUUGCACCGCCCCUCCUCAUGCACACGCAUCCCCAGGUGUUCAUAAGCUUGACUCUCAUCCCUCAUAUCAUUUCUCCCUUUCACCUUCCGCCCAAGCGCCCCUCCACACUGUCCGCCAACACGCCUCCUCUUUCCGCUUUCAGCGUACACUUUACACACAUUGGCGGAUGGAUCCGCUUCUCCCAGAGCCGUGGGCAGGUCCGGAGGAAGGGGUUGUUGCUGGAGAGCGUGAUGAGCCUGUAGCGCCGGGUCUGAGUAUAGUAGGAGCCUUCUUGCCGCAAGAGGUGGCAGGGGUGGAAGAGCGUUUCGUUGUGUGUGGGCGAGCAGGCGUAGGUGUAGUGGAGGAGAAGACACAUUUUAUAGCCUGAGAUUUGCUCUUGACGGGAUGGGGGAUGGUGGGCUUGGCUGAUUGAUGAGAAGGAAUGGCCGGAGUUGCGAGGUGGGAUUUUCGUAGCAGGGCGUUUGGUCUGUGGCGUCGGCUUUAGAGAUCGCUGAUUGCAGUAAGGGUUUUACUUGGACAUAUGGAUAGGGGCG